UAAGCCCAAUGCUCUUCACACACAACAUGCCAGGCCACGCCCCAUUGUUCUCCAAUGUCACCACGACCAUGCAGAUCUACUCCGUUAAAGUUGCAGAAAUACAAAUACAAGACCUCCAAUGGCCACUAGAGGUGUACGGUGUGGUCGCCGCCAGAGAUGCUGUGGACUAUCGGCGCAACCUUCUCUUUCUUCGCACCAGGGAUGACUGCCAAAUUCUCACGGAAGAGGAUCCCUUUUUGCACUUGACUGGACCGUCUCGUGCAAUUAUGUCUACAGACAUUGUUAAGAUUGAAAUCCAACUAAAAGUAAAGGGCACAACCAAAUCCAAAGACAUAGCACUGAUCACUAGAGCCUUCUCUUGUGAUCCUUAUCUUCACACUUCUUCUACGACUCUCCUGGACGGGUACUUCUGCAAAAUAGAGUUACGCUGUGAGCAUCUUAGACAAUCGAUACAAGCCACUAUCCUCAGUGUCCGUGUUAAACAUGGCUCAUUGUCGUCUGAAAAUGGUUUCCAAAUUUUUUGCUACUCGAUACACGAAGACCACGAUGAAGACAUCGCUGAGCACCCAUCUAGGCAUGUUUUGCUCCUUGAUUCAAGUGUCGGAACAGUGCAUGUGGACGAAGAGGGUUACGUGGAUCUAUCAAGACAAGUUGUUUCUGUAAAAUUGGAAGGAAGGCUGGAAAUUCUCAUAAAGACCUUCCUAGAAUCUGGCGAAAUCAGUGGGCGUGUGGUCUUCAGACCAGAAUACAGCAACGUAAGUCAAAAAACAUGUGUCAUUGGUGAAUGUGAAUUGGAGAUUACUCUUGCUUGGUCCUUCCUUGUUGAUGACGAGCAGGAUAUCUUGAUGAUGAGCUAUACAAAGCCUUUCAUGGCAAGUCAUCCUCUCCCUUUCAUGAAGCUUGUCGAUGAAGAUGUCGAAGACGGGUCUUGUUGAAGAUGGGUUAGCCUGUGUUAAUCUCACUUCGUUAAAAUGAAGGCAUAUAUCUUGUAAGCUACUAGAUGUUCUAUCGUGAACUAGUCCGAAAAUUGUUUCUGUAG